UACAUUAUCUAGGCUCAAGUAGAUAUUUCAAUUGUGUCUGCGAUGGUAGUAGACAUUGUUUCAUCAUCUCCUCCUCCUCUUCCGCCAUUGCCCUUUGUCGGACCUCAUCAUAUUUACAUCUUCAUACCCUUCUCGAACCCUAGAACCAGGAAGCGCAAUACCCAUCUCCUUCUCCACUCUGUCUCUGCUUCGUCUUCACCAUCCUCACCAACCAAAGGUGCAUGGAGAAGAACGCCGGAGAAGGCGACGCCGUCGUUUCAGGGGUUCCCGAGACGUCGGAGGUACCAAAGGUCUGUCCUUUCCGAUCACAGCGUCGACAUGGACGAGCUUCUGGCUUCGAUAGACCAGACCCAGAACGAGGAAGAGCUCUAUUCCGUACUUUCUCCCUACAAGGACAGACAAUUGUCCAUACGGUUUAUGGUUUCUCUCCUUUCCCGCGAAAAGGACUGGCAGAGAUCUCUGGCAUUGCUCGAUUGGAUUCUCGAGGAAGCCAAGUACACGCCCUCUGUUUUCGCCUACAAUGUCGUUCUCCGCAAUGUCCUCCGGGAUAAGCAGUUUGACAUUGCGCACGGACUGUUCGACGAAAUGCGCCAGAGAGCUCUUGCUCCUGAUAAGUACACUUACUCUACACUGAUCACGUCAUUUGGCAAGGAGGGUAUGUUCGAUUCGGCUCUUUCUUGGCUUCAAAAGAUGGAACAGGACCGCGUUCCUGGUGAUCUUGUGUUGUACAGCAACUUGAUCGAGCUUUCGAGGAGGUUGUGUGAUUACUCCAAGGCUAUUUCGAUCUUUUCGAGGUUAAAGAGGUCUGGUAUCACGCCUGAUAUUGUUGCAUAUAACUCGAUGAUCAAUGUGUAUGCUAAGGCCAAGCUGUUUAGAGAGGCACGGUUGCUUAUUAAGGAGAUGAAUGAAGCUGGUAUCUCGCCCAAUACUGUUAGUUACUCCACCUUAUUGAGCAUGUAUGUUGAGAACCAGAAGUUCUUGGAAGGUUUAUCUGUUUUUGCAGAGAUGAAGGAGGUGAAUUGCCCGCUUGAUCUAACCACUUGCAAUAUAAUGAUCGAUGUUUAUGGUCAGCUUGAUAUGGUAAAAGAAGCCGAUAGAUUGUUUUGGAGUAUGAAGAAAAUGGGCAUCGAGCCAAACGUUGUUAGCUAUAAUACCAUCUUGAGGGUAUAUGGCGAGGCUGAGCUUUUCGGUGAAGCCAUUCAUCUUUUCAGGUUGAUGCAGAGGAAAGACAUUGAACAGAAUGUGGUUACUUUUAACACGAUGAUUAAGAUCUAUGGGAAAUCUCUCGAGCAUGAAAAAGCAACGAAUCUUGUGCAAGAGAUGCAGAGCCGAGGAGUUGAACCUAACGCCAUUACAUACUCGACUAUUAUAUCGAUCUGGGGCAAGGCAGGGAAAUUGGACCGAGCUGCGCUGCUCUUUCAGAAGUUGAGAAGCUCGGGAGUGGAGAUCGAUCAAGUUCUUUAUCAAACAAUGAUUGUGGCUUACGAAAGGGUUGGUCUAGUGGGUCAUGCUAAACGCCUGCUACUGGAGUUAAAGCGCCCGGAUAAUAUCCCUAGGGAAACAGCUAUUACCAUUCUUGCCAAAGCUGGUAGGAUCGAAGAGGCAACAUGGGUUUUCCGUCAGGCUAUUGAUUCUGGCGAGGUAAAAGACAUAUCGGUUUUCUGCUGUCUGAUCGAUCUCUACUCCAGGAACCAAAAAUAUGCUAAUGUCAUGGAGGUAUUCGAGAAGAUGAGAGAAGCUGGUUAUUUCCCCGAUUCCAAUUCAAUAGCUCUAGUCUUGAAUGCAUACGGGAAACGACGUGAGUUUGAGAAGGCGGAUGCGGUUUAUAGAGAAAUGCAAGAGGAAGGAUGUGUGUUCCCAGAUGAAGUUCAUUUCCAGAUGUUGAGUAUAUAUGCUGCAAAGAAAGACUUCGACAUGGUGGAGAAGCUGUUCGAGAGAUUAGAUUCUGAUCUCAACGUCAACAAGAAAGAGUUGCAUCUUGUCACUGCUGGGCUUUACGAAAGAGCCAACAGACUAAACGAUGCUUCGAGGAUCAUGAACCAAAUGCGAGAACGUGGAAUUCUGAAGCCGUUUUCCGACGAUACAUAUCUGAAUAAACGUGUCUGAAUACUCUGUAAUGCAGACUUCCUGUGUAUCUGCAGUUUCUGUAAUGUGUGUAUAUGUAAAGUCAAAAGCUUCAAUGCAUUCCAGUCUGAUACUAACUUCAUACAUUAAGACAAAAUAAUCUUGACUUCAAGAUUACAGUUUGGAUUAAAACUCCCUAAAAUUCGUUGAAAGUUUUCAGUUUUCAA